UGUUUCUGAGUCGUUUUUCAAAGGAUCUCUUUCAUUGGAUGUUAGCUGCGUUCCGAAAUGUCAAUAGAAAUAUGUUUCACAUCGUCGAAUCACGGAUGAAUGAAAUACAUCGCGCGCCAAUCAGCAACGCUGGAGCCAGCCAUUUCCGCCGAUGGAGUCACUUCCGCUUACGGCAUCGUAAGGAAUUAGCACCAUUGAGUUUCAAUUCAGUGUUGAGUAAAAGUUACUUGGGAACGGACGAGGCGUUUGUACGAAUCGAUCCUCCUACGUGAAACUUUCCUCGGGGAUCACUGUCGUUUGCUUUGCGAGUUAAAAAGCACACCCAAUCGAUUGUUAUAGCGGAGAGAGUUUGCCAAACGAAUCGGUGAUAGCGGUUGCGACAAAAUGUACACGAGAAACCGGCCGAAUCCAAACUACGGCAAUGCGCGGAACUCGAACACCGGCCCGCCACCUAAUUAUAAUACAAAGGGAAGUUACCAAACAUCGCAGCCCCACCAGCACAGCAACUACAAACAAGGGAACGUACAGCAAAAUGUACCCAGCAUCAAAUCGCAACAGCAACAACCAGCGCAAAUAAUUCCGACCGCUCCACCGACACGGCCGAUGCCGCAAGUAAAACAGCAAGUAACGUCUCAGCAACACUUGCAGCAACAGGGACAGCAGAUGCAACAACCGCCGCCGCAACAACAGCAACAACAACAACACCAACAGCAGCAACAGCAGCAGCAGGUGCAGCAACCGCCGCAACAGCAGCAGCAGCAACCGCCAACACCGGCUCCAUUGCCUCAACGAUUGAAACCGAUCUUGAAGCAAAGUGGGAUACCGCCGUCUGCGCCCGCUGGACCACAAUCUAUCCCUUCUCAGCCUACGCCUGCACCUCCUCCGAUAGCUGCGUCAACAUCUAGUAAUAACAAACCCGAUGAUGUUAUGGACGACGAAGGUGACAUGUCUGAGAGCAUGAAUAUCGACAUGCAGGAGCAACCGAGGUGGCGAAGAAAGACUCCUGGAUUUAAAGUGAACAAAAAGUUGAAGCGUCUUCGUAUGAAUCAACGUUUGAGGAAGACUCUGCAGCCGAAGAACGCGAUCAUGGUAUUGAACGAGAUGAAGGCCGGAUGUCAAUUUACAUUCCCCGAGACACAGGGCCACGUGUCAAACUCGCUCUAUCUCGUUCAUGCUGAGCUCGAUGGUAAGACAUAUGUUGGACAAGGCUUGUCGAAGCCGCUUGCUCGUCAAGCCGCAGCAGAGAACGCGUUGAAAGCGUUGUUAUUGGAGAAAAUGACAGCCGCAUCUAUGAAAGCGCGUCUGGACGCCGAGUCAGAUGGACAGGCCAAUUCGUCCUCGGAAACUACGAAGGAAGAAAAUAACGAAGAUGUACCGAUGGAUUCCGCAGAGGACGAGAUCCCGUGGAGCUCAGUGGCCAGUUUCGCGCUCUAUAAGCUUUUCCUCGAAUGGCAUAAUCAAGGUACGUCGGUCCCGGUCACGCGUCCUGGCUUGCCACCUGUGAAAGGAAUCAAGAAAGAGAACAGUGGCUCGCCCAAAGCUCCUACACAGAAGGAACUGCCGCCGAAUCCUACGAACAUCCAUCCGGUUAUGUUAUUGAACCAGAUGAGACCUGGGCUAACCUACGUUGAAGUUGAUCGUCUUGGUAAUCCACCAAACACGAUGUUCACUCUGUCCGUUGAAGUUAACGGGGUCAACUAUUCAGGAACAGCUAAAAACAAGAAGGAUGCCAAGAAAGCAGCAGCUAAAGCAGCUCUGUUAGCUUUGUAUGGCUUAUCUUAUCCUGAGGAUGCUCCUAAAGAAUCUAUGGCAGUAGAUUAAAGCAAACGAAACGAGAAACAUUCGGUAUUUAAAAUUCCUGUGUACUGUCCCUUUUUUAUUUUAUUUUUUUUUUUUUUACUUUCCCUUAACAAAACCAUGAAUUAAUAUCACGAAUAAUUGUUAGUCUACUGCACAUGAAUCGUCAUAUUAUUUUCAUAAAAAAUUUAGAAAUUCUGAGACUAAUUCUCACAUCUAAUCGUAUACUAUAAAUGUAUAUUUCCAUCAAAUAGUAUGGAAGACGCGAUAUGCGAUUAUACUAUAUCUUUUCAUGAUGUAACGUAAUCAUUGAAGAUUAUAAGCGAUACACGAUAGCGUAGCCGCGAGACGCUAAGUGCAUAAAUAAAAAUUACAAUUUUACUGACAUAGAAUUAAUCUUCAACUUAUUAAAAAUUGUACAUGUAUGUAAGGAUGGGGCCAAUUUUAUAGAAGUAUAACUUACAUGAACAUAUGAACUGUAAAUUUAAAUUCUUACAAAUAGAACAGUUUUUAAAAGUGCGUUACAAUUGGGAAUAGCUAUAUGUAUUAAAAUGUAAAAUGUAUAUUUUGUGGUUUGUUUACUUAAUAUCAAUAAAAUUUAAUAUAAACUUGAUUAUAAUACAUUUUUUUCAAUUUUGAUAGAAUCACGAUUUUUCCAAAGUACUUUUUGAUUUGCACUAUUGUACAAGUAAAAUUUGUAAGUAUAAUAUUGGUCUCAUCCAUAUAUGUAAUAUCAAUAUCACCACAUUAUAUUUGCAAAAAUGAUGUUUAAUAUAUCUUCAUUAGUAGUAAUAUAUCUUCAUAUAGUUACGAACAUUCUAAAUAAAUUGUAGCAUAUUUUAUCUCAUGAUAUUUACCUAUUGUUAAAGACCUUUUCCCAUCAUUACAACAAAAAAUGUACUUCACGAUAUAACAAUACAUCUACACGCAGCAAGUAGCUUGUAUCUUCUAUCAUAAUUACUGACGUAACGGGCAUAUUAUUAUUGUAAUGAAUUUAUAUCGGUGACAUGUGUUUAUUGCUGUAAUAAUCUUAUUUUGACAGCAAGAAUAAUUGAUUGUAUUAUUAUUAAGGUUAGAGAGACCGACACCACAAUACAUGUAUAAGAAUAUCAGUGUAAUGAAUAAAAUCAUGACUUCACAUA